AUGACGCAUGCCCGGAAGAAACAACUUUUCCUCCUGAAACAUCCAGCUGGUUCUGCUGGCCAAGCUUCGUCGCCCACGGGCAGCGGGAGGAUGGAGAGGAGCGAGGCAGAGUGCGGCGAGCAGAGGGGCAGAGAUGCCACCGAGGCUCCGAACUGUCCGAGCGGGUUUGUGGGGACGAACAAAACCAAGAAUUUGCGUGAGGUGCGAAAGACGUACCCGCUGCGUCGACGCCUGCUCCCCUCGGUCAACAAAAAGACCUGCAAGGUGCUCCUCACCAGGCUGGAGGAUGUGGCUGGAUCUCUGUCGAAACAGGCCCAGAGCUGUAAAAAAAAGGACCUUCCCAGCUGGGUGGAGGGGUUGGGACCUGCUUUGUUCUCCGAACAAGUUCAGCCUGUGGGAGCGGGGAAGAGCGACUCACCCGGGGAAAAGUGCUCGGUAACGUGUCCGGAGAUGGAGCAGGACCUGGAGUUGGCUCCCUCGGAGCCCAGGAAGCGCAGGCUGGCCUCGCUGAACGCCGAGGCCGUCAACAACCUGCUUUUCGAGCGGGACGAUGGCUUGUUAUCGGGCAGGCGCUUCCGGAGGGACUCCGCUAAAGCCGGCGGGGACUGCGCCGUUAAGAGCUUGCACUGCAAAGCUGGCGACAGCUGGCCCACGCUGGAAAAAACGGCCGUGAAAGCAGGUAAAGGGAAAAACCGGCACGAGCCCAGUCAGAAAUGCAACAGCUGCGACCAGUCACUGGAUGAGGUCUUUGAUGACGGGACGAAGAGGGAGGAUGGUGCCGUCUCCUACCAUCCCACCCCGAAGAGACUGGCCAGCCUCAACGCCGUGGCCUUUCUGAAGCUGACCCAUGAGAAAGACCAGCCCCUGAAGCAGAGGAGUAAAUCAGAUGGAGAGGGCAAGUCCGAGAACCACUGCUCAAAACCUACGCUCAAGUGGGCCAGAGCCGGCAGGAGGAAUUGCGUCAAAUCCAAGAAGGAGACGACGAGCUUAAAAAUGGAAGCGCAGCAUGGCUGGCUGGGGUCUUUCGGGAAAGGAGAGCAGCGGGACUCCUCUCGGCUCUACGGGGCGGCAGAACCCAUCUCCUACGAGUCGCUGUCUAGCUCCUACGCUAGCACGGAGGGCUUCUGCCACAGACUGCCUUUGCUCAUGGGUGGGCAAGCUUCCAUGAAGCCUGAGUACGGAAGACCCGGAGAGAAAUCCCCGACUCCCAAGCAGGAGUUCCAUCAGCCUUCCUUUCCCGUGCAGCAGUUCCCUCCCUUGCCCGUGCCCGGGAACCACGCGGAUUGUGGCUGUCUCUACGAAUCCUCAGACCUGACCCCGUUGAACAGGUUUUACGUUUAUUAUGGCCAAAGUGGAUACAGUGGCUACUCUCACUCGGCGCUUGAUUGUGCGGUUGUUUCACGUGAACUACAUGUGUCUCUUCUUCCCUUCUGUUCAGAAGGCUGCAAGUCUCUGGACCAGCUGAACCUCACAAUCCCCGUGGCAGGGCACCCCGCGUCGCCCGCCCACCCGCUCUCAGGAUGUCCCGUGCCCAGCGUGCCGCCGGCUGCGGAACCCGUUCCUCACCUGCAGACCCCCAACUCUGACCCUCAGACCAUGGCCCGAGAAUGUCCGCAGAGCUCCAAGCCCCCCAGCGGCUCCAAAUCCGGCCUCCGGAACACGCCG